CAGAAGAAGAAGCAGAAGAAGAAGCAGAAGAAGAAGAAGAAGAAGAAGAAGAAGAAGAAGAAGAAGAAGAAGAAGAAGCAGUAGCAGUAGCAGCUCAGAUCAGAUCGCUAUAAGAAGUGAAGAUGACGAUAGCCUACGAGAGGUUCAAUUUGCACACCAGCCCAGAGAAGUUCUACAUUGAGGCCUGUGAUGAUGGGGCCGAUGCAGUCCUGGCCAUUGACAGGGUGUCCAAUGAGAUGACCCUGACUGGGAAGAAAGAUGUUCCUCCGUCAGCCAACACCAGACCCAUCUGUGGCAUCAUGGGGUCCGUCCGCUUGGUGGCAGGGAUGUACCUGAUUGUCAUUACCAAGAAGAGGAAUGUGGGCAGCCUGCUGGGUCACGCUGUGUGGAAGGCGGUGGAUUUUGACGUCAUUUCCUACAAAAAGACUGUGCUUCACCUCACUGAGGACCAGACGCAAGACAACAAGACAUUCCUGUCCAUGAUUAACAAUGUGCUGACUACAGAUGGAUUCUACUUCUGCACUGACUAUGACCUGACCCACACCCUCCAGAGGUUGGCCAACGUCAGCCACGACUUCCAGGAGAUGAGCCUGCUGGAGAGGGCAGAUCAGAGGUUUGUGUGGAAUGGAAGCCUCCUGAGAGAGUUCCUUGCACAGCCAGAGCUCCACAAGUUUGCGAUCCCUGUUGUCCAUGGAUUCAUCGUGAUGAAGCCGUGCCGUAUCAACGGGAAGAUCUUCGAAUGGAUCCUCAUCUCCAGGAGGAGCUGCUUCAGGGCUGGGGUCAGGUACUACGUCAGAGGUAUCGAUUCUGAGGGCCACGCUGCUAACUUUGUGGAGACGGAGCAAAUAGUCCUGUACAAUGGAGGGAGGGCUUCAUUCGUACAGACACGAGGCUCCAUGCCUUUCUUCUGGUCUCAGAGGCCCAACCUGAAAUACAAGCCCAAGCCACUGAUCAGCAAGAACACCAAUCACAUGGAUGGUAUUCAGAGGCAUUUUGACUCCCAGGUCCUCAUCUAUGGAAAACAAACCAUUCUGAACCUGGUCAACCAGAAGGGUUCAGAGAAGCCACUGGAACAAGCCUUUGCCAAGAUGGUGUCUGGCAUGGAGAACGGCAUGAUCAAGUACGUAGCAUUUGACUUCCAUAAGGAGUGCAGCAGGAUGAGAUGGGAUCGUCUGAAUAUCCUGGUGGACAAUGUGGCUGAGACACAAGAUGAAUACAGCUGCUUCCUGGUCGACACGGAGGGGAAGGUGUUGUCCCAGCAGAAGGGGACGUUCCGCAGUAACUGCAUGGACUGUCUGGACCGCACCAACGUCAUCCAGAGCAUGCUGGCCCGACGUUCCAUACAGUCCCAGCUACAGAGGAUGGGUGUCCUGCAUGUGGCCCAGCGGAUUGAGGAACAGGCCGAUUUUGAGAAGAUCUACAAGAAUGCUUGGGCUGACAAUGCCAAUGCAUGCGCCAAACAGUACGCUGGUACGGGAGCCUUGAAGACUGACUUCACCAGGACAGGGAAGAGGACCCAGAUGGGUCUGGUGAUGGACGGCGUGAACUCUGCCAUCCGUUACUACAAGAAUAACUUCUCUGACGGAUUCAGACAGGAUUCCAUUGAUUUGUUCCUUGGAAACUAUGCUGUGUAUGAAACAGACGGCUCAACUCCACUUCGCAUCCAAAAGGACUGGAAGUUCCUCACGCUGCCCAUCAUCAUGGUGGUAGCAUUCUCCAUGUGUAUCAUCUGCCUCCUCAUGGCUGGUGACACGUGGACUGAGACCCUGGCCUAUGUGUUGUUCUGGGGCACUGCUGCCGCCGUCACCGCUGCUGUCAUCGUCUUCAACGGCCGUGACUUUGUGGACGCCCCCAAACUGGUGCAGAAAGAGAAGAUGGACUGAACGUGUGUGUGUGGAAAACAGCUCGGCCCAGCGGACUCCUAAUACCUCUUCAUCCAACUCUUCUUCCUUCUGGCUGCUUGAGGCUCGGACACUGUACUGACCCGCUCUCCACACUAUCCUCCUAGGAUGCGUCCCAAAUGGCACCCUAUUCCCUAAAUAGUGCACUGUAAUAGGGUACCAUUUGGGACAUAAUCCUAUGGUUUCUAUAGGGGUUUCUCCUCUGACCCAGAACUCCUGUUUAUCAGGCAGCAUACCUACUGAAGCCGCUCUGAACUCUACAGUCUCCCAUCAGUCUGUCCUCCUUCACUUCCUUCCUAUCCCACAUUCCUUAGAUCAUGGUGUGUACUGACCUUUUUUUAUGAUGUUUAAUUUCUCUGUUGGACAAGGCUGGUGUACAGUCGGUCAACCUAGGUGAUGGUUUAACCACUUUGAAGGCACCACACGGUAAUGGCUAUUACAGAGGUCUCUCCAGAAAACGUUUUGAUGGCACUUUAGUGAAUUGCAGCGUAAUUCUUCAUUUUUCAUGAAAGCAACUUUUUAAUAACAAGACGAUAUUCAAUAUUCUUGUUAUACAUUAAUGAAUGGUUUCUUUGGUUUAACUUUUCAGUUUACUGUAAUUCAAAUGCAAUGUAUUUUUAAACUACAAAGAAACGAUUAGCACUAUAACAUGCACUAUAAUGACUGGGGGUACUUUGUUUGGAAAGAUGACAUGUUUUGGUUGUUCUCUUGAAUGUAAUACGCCUUUGCUAUACUACUAGUUUAAAGAACACGUGUGUGUGUGUGUGUGUGUGUGUCUAAACUAGCUAGUUUUCCUAGAGACGAAUGAUGUGGGGUCGGGGAGAAUGUAUUCCUACUAUGAAUCAUGCAAAAUAUUUAUGAAUUCUAUUUUUAAGUAAAAGGAUUCUUGCUUAGCUUACCAUCUUAUUUUUGUUGCAUUCUGGGUGAACAUGAAAUAAGUUGCACAUGGUAUGUGAUCUGAGCGGUGGGAGAUGUUGUUCGUUCAUUGUUGGUAAUUAGAGUAGUCACUAUACCAUAGUUCUGUCAUAACCUUGACUUGUCAUUAUUUUCUAGUUUACUUCUCACUAUAUUUAGGGAUUGUUAUGCUCCAGAUAAAGAAUUUAAUUUAAAUUUACAUUUAAUUGAAUUUAAAACCACACUUUAGACCUGCCUUACAAGCUUGGCCCCCUCCAUGAUUUGAGGGAGUGGACAACCAUUCCUUGUUAUCGUGAAUAUGAUUUCUCGUCUUAAUGGAUUUCAGGAUUUUCCUCUCUUCAAUAGAUCUGUUUUGUGGACAGUUUGUUGCAAUGCCUUUGUCUACUUUCCUGUUCGGAUUAUUUCCAUCUUGCAUAUGCAGUGUUGAGCACUUAUUCUACAUACAGAAGUAGAGGUCACAGGGUGUAAAAUAUUUUACAACAUCAGUACAAGUCCAUUGUUCCUUUUAGAAUACAAUCUGCCAGUGAUUUACUACAACGUUUUAAAUAUAACUUAGAAUGUAUUAGUUAAUAUACUAGAACUAAUAUUUCUUCUAGCUAGGCAGUGGUAACUACUAAGGAGGGAGGACCAACUCAAGCUUGUCUACUGUUGUGUUUCCAUGAACAUAUCCUUGAAAUUAUAUAUGUGUGUGUGUGUGUGUGUAUACUGUAUAUUUUACAAUGAGAUUGUAUGCUGAGCACUUAUUUGCAGAGUCUAUACUAAAUGUAAAGAUCACGCAGUGAUGUAUUUCUUUUUUAUCUGGAUGAGAAUUUAAUGAUCUUUUGUGAGUCAACAACCACAUUUUAAAUGUGUAUGAUUUGCAUGGUGAAUAUUUGUGCUUAUAUGGGGAUUGGAAAGAAUCUUGGGCUUAUGUUUUGAAUAUUUAUCUUAGACACUGGAGGUUGGUAGCACCUUUUUUAAUUCGGGAGGACGGGCUUGUUGUAAUGGUACUUGAUGCCGUUCCAAACCAUUAUGAUGAGCCUACCUCCCCCCUCAGCAGCCUCCAUUGUUCUCAGAAUAUUAAUGCAUUUUGGAAUAUGGUGGUUUUUGUGAAUGCAUUAAUAGUGAAUGAUUUUCUUUUCCCUCGUCACCAUUCCUUUGUUGGUAUUCAAAACCCUGAACGUUCCCAUAUGACCUUAAUACAUGUAACUGGGCUGUGAUGUUGCCUGGUCCCAGAUGUGUUUGUGUCAUUGUGCCAUUCCUUGUCAUGACAAAGCAAUGAGUGACAUGGAGUUGGCAUGAUAGCACAAAGAGACUGGAACCCAGGAUAGCCUCGAAGACCCUGGCCAGUAUAUCAACUGACUGAGGUUAGUUGUAGACUUA